AUGAAUGUCAACCAGUCAGCUCCACCUGUGCCGCCAUAUGGGCAGCCCCAGCCUGUCUACCCAGGGUAUCAUCAAUCCAGCUUUGGUGGGCAACCAGGGUCCACAGCCCCUCCCAACACGUAUGGCGCCUACAAUGGGCCAGUCCCGGGCUACCCGCAAACACCUCCUCCGGGUGUGUCAAGAGCCCCACCUUCUUCAGGGGUGCCUCCAGCCUCGACAGCACAGGCCCCUUGUGGCCAGGGAGGAUACGGCCAGUUUGGCCAAGGAGAUGUACAGAAUGGGCCUAGCUCCACUGUUCAGAUGCAAAGGCUCCCUGGGUCUCAGCCAUUUGGGUCAGCCCCACUGGCCCCUGUGGUCAGCCAGCCAGCUGUGCUUCAGCCCUGUGGCCCUCCCCCGACAAGUGCACAGGUGACUGCUCAGAUGGCUGGAAUGCAGAUCAGUGGUUCUGUGACCCCAGCCCCUCCCCCUUCAGGGUUGGGCUAUGGCCCACCAACAUCACUGGCGUCAGCCUCAGGAAAUUUCCCUAACUCUGGUCUGUACAGCUCCUGUCCUCAAGGCCAGGCUCCUCCCCUUAGCCAGGCCCAAGGUCAUUCUGGGGCUCAGCCUCCACAGAGAUCUGCCCCUCAGCAGGCCUCCAGCUUCACACCCCAAGCUUCGGGGGGUCCUCGGAUGCCUUCAAUGACUGGUCCACUCCUGCCUGGACAGAGUUUUGGGGGACCCCCACUGAAUCAGCCCAACCAUGUGUCCUCACCUCCUCCUCAAGCUCUGCACCCUGGCACCCAGAUGGCUGGGCCCCCAGGACCACCACCCCCUAUGCACUCCUCCCAGCAGCAAGGCUAUCAGCUGCAACAAAAUGGUUCCUAUGGACCAACCCGGGGCCCUCAGCCCAAUUAUGGAAGUCCCUAUCCAGGAGCACCCGCUUUUGGCAGUCAGCCUGGGCCUCCUCAGCCACUGCCUCCUAAGCGCCUGGAUCCCGAUGCCAUCCCGAGCCCUAUUCAGGUCAUUGAGGAUGACAGGAACAACCGGGGCUCAGAGCCAUUUGUUACUGGAGUACGAGGCCAGGUGCCACCCUUAGUCACCACCAACUUCCUAGUGAAAGACCAAGGAAAUGCAAGUCCCCGAUACAUUCGAUGCACAUCCUAUAAUAUCCCCUGCACAUCUGACAUGGCUAAGCAGGCUCAGGUGCCCCUGGCAGCUGUCAUCAAGCCGCUGGCAAGGCUGCCCCCAGAAGAGGCUUCACCGUAUGUCGUUGACCACGGGGAAUCUGGCCCUCUGCGCUGCAAUCGUUGCAAAGCAUACAUGUGCCCUUUCAUGCAGUUCGUUGAGGGAGGGAGACGCUUCCAGUGCUGCUUUUGCAGCUGUAUCAAUGACGUUCCCCCCCAGUAUUUUCAACAUCUGGAUCACACCGGCAAACGUGUGGAUGCUUAUGAUCGUCCUGAGCUUUCCCUGGGCUCCUAUGAAUUCUUGGCCACUGUAGAUUACUGCAAGAACAAUAAGUUCCCCAGCCCUCCUGCCUUCAUCUUCAUGAUUGAUGUCUCCUACAAUGCCAUCAGGAGUGGUCUUGUUAGGCUCCUCUGUGAGGAGCUUAAGUCACUGUUAGACUUUCUACCUAGGGAGGGAGGAGCGGAAGAGUCAGCAAUCCGAGUUGGCUUCGUCACCUAUAAUAAGGUGCUCCACUUCUAUAACGUGAAGAGCUCCUUGGCCCAGCCACAGAUGAUGGUUGUAUCUGAUGUGGCUGACAUGUUUGUGCCACUGCUGGAUGGCUUCCUGGUCAAUGUCAACGAGUCUCGGGCAGUCAUCAUCAGCUUAUUGGAUCAGAUUCCAGAAAUGUUUGCAGACACAAGAGAGACAGAGACAGUAUUCGCCCCAGUCAUCCAGGCUGGGAUGGAGGCACUGAAGGCUGCCGAAUGUGCAGGGAAGCUGUUUAUAUUCCACACCUCCCUGCCCAUUGCCGAGGCCCCAGGGAAACUGAAGAACAGAGAUGACAGGAAGUUGAUCAACACAGACAAAGAGAAGACGCUGUUCCAGCCUCAGACAGGCACUUACCAGGCCCUGGCCAAAGAGUGUGUGGCCCAAGGUUGCUGUGUAGACCUCUUCCUCUUCCCUAACCAGUAUGUUGAUGUGGCGACGCUCUCUGUGGUACCCCAGCUCACUGGUGGCUCUGUCUACAAAUACGCUUGCUUUCAGGUGGAGAACGAUCAGGAGCGGUUCAUGAGUGAUCUGCGUCGGGAUGUAGAGAAGGUCGUUGGCUUUGAUGCUGUGAUGCGAGUCCGGACGAGCACUGGUAUCCGUGCUGUGGAUUUCUUCGGGGCUUUCUACAUGAGCAAUACAACAGAUGUGGAGCUGGCUGGCCUGGAUGGGGAAAAGACGGUGACUGUGGAGUUCAAGCAUGACGAUCGGCUCAAUGAAGAGAGCGGAGCCCUCCUGCAGUGUGCCCUGCUCUACACCAGCUGUGGAGGGCAGCGUCGGCUCCGCAUACACAACCUGGCCCUCAACUGCUGCACCCAGCUAGCUGAUCUGUAUCGAAACUGCGAGACCGACACGCUCAUUAACUACAUGGCCAAGUUUGCCUACCGGGGGGUCCUAAACAGCCCUGUGAAGACCGUUCGUGACACUCUUAUCACCCAGUGUGCUCAGAUCCUGGCCUGUUACAGAAAGAACUGUGCCAGCCCCUCCUCUGCAGGACAGCUGAUCCUCCCUGAGUGCAUGAAGCUGCUCCCAGUUUACCUGAACUGUGUGCUGAAGAGUGAUGUCCUGCAGCCUGGAGCAGAAGUCACUACUGAUGACCGUGCCUAUGUCCGACAGCUGGUUACCUGCAUGGAUGUGGCUGAGACCAAUGUGUUCUUCUAUCCUCGGCUCCUUCCUUUGACAAAGUCUCCCAUUGAGAAUACCACUGAACCACCAGCAAUCCGAGCCUCUGAGGAGCGUCUGAGCAAUGGGGACAUAUAUCUGCUGGAGAACGGGCUCAACCUAUUCAUCUGGGUGGGAGCAGGAGUCCAGCAGGGCGUUGUCCAGAGCCUCUUCAACGUCUCCUCCUUCAGCCAGAUCACCAGCGGCUUGAGUAUUCUGCCCGUUCUGGAUAAUCCGCUGUCCAAGAAGGUGCGAGGCCUCAUCGAUAGCUUAAGGGCACAGAGAUCGCGGUACAUGAAGCUUAUCGUGGUGAAGCAGGAGGACAAGCUGGAGAUGCUGUUCAAGCACUUCCUGGUGGAAGACAAGAGCCUGAGCGGGGGAGCAUCCUAUGUGGACUUUCUCUGUCAUAUGCACAAGGAGAUUCGGCAGCUACUGAGCUAG